AAGAUGGGUAAAACUACACUCCUAAUUAUAGCUACCGUGUCGUUGUGUCUCUGUGAAGCAGGUGUUAUUAAAGAACAUGAAAGGCUCGACUCUAGCCUAGUGAUUUGUCCGAAUAUACCAACUGAUCCGAGUCGAUUGCUGAUUGAUACAGAAAUAGAUGAGCCUGCCAGCUGGGGAGCAAUGGAAAGAAUAUACGCCUUCCCGGAAGCAGGAGUCUUUUCAGCCAAAAUCGCUUGUAUUCUGGUGCAGGAUGUGUCCAUUGAUGGAAGAGGUGGCUCCGCUUCAAUUGUCGCGGGAGGACUUAAUGCAUUACGACUAGUAAUCAAACUCAGGUCAAACCCUGGACAUGAACUACGCUACAGAAUUCAAAUAUAUUCAUAAUAAUAAAAAACUUAUUUCAAGUCACUAAACCAUAUUUGUGAAA